AGAAGCGCCCGUUGUGAGACUCAUAUCGUACAUAUACACCCGACACAGGCGGAGAUAUAGCCAGUGCGGGAGCAAGCCAACGUUAUUUCCGAGUCAGUCUAUCGCCGCUGCUGGUGGCGGUACGCUGAGACCACGACGUUUCUGCUGCCUGCGGUUCCUGCGGUUCCUGCGGUCGGAGUGCUCGUGUUAAUUACGAUCAGGCGCACCGCGUUAAGCGGUUGACAACUUGGGAUCGUUUCUUUCCAUCCGCAUCGUCGUUUCCCCGUCGUUAUUUCCCCCCUCGACGCCGAAAGGGGGGUAUAUUCGCGUAAUGACAGCUACCAGCCAAAGAUAAACCUCUACUACACGGGAAAGGUGUAAGAAAAUCAUCAUGGCCCUUACUUCAGAAGAGAUAAAGAGAACCGGUAACGGUGUCCACAAGAAUGCGAUGGAUAACUUCAACAAUGGCAAUGGUUCCACUGGUAUGUCAUAUCUCACCAAAAUGGCUGCGGUGGACAUCGAGUUCGACGAUUUGACAUAUACGAUACCGACUUCUCGAAAAGAGUCGAAGAUGAUUCUAAAAGGACUAAGCGGACAGUUCAAGUCGGGCGAGCUGACGGUGAUUCUGGGUCCUUCCGGGGCAGGAAAAUCGACGCUGCUCAACGUUCUUGCAGGAUACAGAUGCACAGACAUGGGUGGUUCAAUAAGUAUCAAUGGGCAACCGCGAGACAUGCAGGAGUUUAAAAAGAUAUCGUGCUACAUCAUGCAAAACGAUCUUUUACAGCCAAAUCUUACAGUUUUCGAGGCGAUGACUUUCGCAGCUGAUCUAAAACUUGGCAGAAAGAAGUCGCGAUCCGAGAAACUCAACGCGAUAGAUGAAAUUCUUAGCACGCUCAGAUUGACCACAGUGAGAAACACGUUGACGAACACUCUUUCCGGCGGCGAGAGAAAAAGGCUUGCAAUAGCGCUCGAACUUGUAAAUAAUCCGCCAGUUAUCUUCCUCGAUGAGCCGACAACCGGACUCGACGAGCUCGCCUCAGCCCAAUGCGUCGAUGUUCUCCAAAAACUGGCGCAUUUCGGGCGGACCGUUGUGUGCUCGGUGCACACGCCCAGCGGAAGCGCAUUUCAUAAAUUCGAUCACGUCUAUGUAAUAACCAAUGGACAAUGCGUUUAUAGGGACAGUGCGAAAAAUGUGGUGCCAUUUUUAUUAAACAUAGGCCUGGAAUGUCCGAAACAUUACAAUCCGGCGGAUUUCAUAAUAGAGGUAUCAUCGGGCGAUUACGGUUUUGAUCUAGUCGAACGGAUGAUCAAAAGCGUAAAGAUGAAGCUACCAAUACUUCCGAUUUCUCGAUCGAAGUUUGAGUUCGAGGUCGAUAAAAAGAAUCCAAAAAUCUCAUGGAUCGAUCAAUUCAACACACUAGUAAGGAGAAUGAUGCUGCAGAUUUAUCGAAACAGGAGUUACAUAUACCUGAAGGUAUCGUUAUACAUUUUUGUGGGAAUAAUAGUGGGCACGCUAUAUUCGAAUAUGGGCAAUGACGGCUCCAGAGCUCUCUUCAAUUUCGGCUUUUGCUUCGCGUGCAUUAUAUUUUUUCUAUACAUGCCUAUGUUUCCGGUGCUGUUGGAAUUUCCCUCGCAAAUUCAAAUGAUGAAGAGAGAACACUUCAACAGGUGGUACAACCUGAGCGCUUAUUAUUGGGCCUUAACAGUAAUUAAUAUACCUAUACAGAUAUUUUUAGGAGUUAUAUAUCUCAUAAUGGUCUAUUUGCUAACGAAACAACCUCUCGAGUUGCAUAGAUGUGCCAUGUUCUGUACCACUUGUUUCAUAUGUAGUUUCAUCGCGGAGAGUAUAGGCUACAAUAUCGCCAGUGUGUUCAACGUCACGAAUAGCAUAUUCGUCGGACCUGCGCUAACUUGUCCCUUGAUGCUCGUCGCGGUGCAGGGUUUCGGCGAUCCUAGUCCUCUGCCGCUCUUCCGCACGAUACCCAUGUACACGAGUUACAUCCGAUACGGAUUGGAGGCUCUUAUUACAGCCAUGUACGGUUACGACAGACCGAGAUUAUCUUGCCCAGCGGAAGAAUUAUACUGUCAUUACAGUUCGCCUAAGGAAAUCAUUCGAACGAUAGGUAUGGAGAAACCUCCCAAUUUCUGGGUGGAUAUAUCAGCCCUCGUCACUAUCUUAUUUAUUUCCAAAGGAAUUUUGUAUUAUCUUCUGAGGCAAAGAGUGCAGCCAAAUAAAACUUUCCAGAUGUUGCAUAUAAUCGGGAGAUUCGUCAAGAGCCGCAUAAAUAUAUGACGGUACGACGUUUCCCGCUUAUAUCAAUAUUAUACAUCGAUAUUAAAAAUGCCGCUUUCUAAAUAAAUUAAGCACAUUCUAAACUUACUCGCGAUAAGGGUACAAUUGUCUGUAUAACGAUAUGCUCAACGUGAUAUUAACUAUAAUUAAAAGAAAGUAGAAUAAUUUUUACUGAAAUAAAAAUAGGCAAUCUGUUAUACAAUUUUUAUUAAAUAAAAAAAAAAAGAAAUUUGUACUCUUUUUACCGUUAUGUUGUCAAAGCGUUCUACCAGUAUUAUUUCACCAUAACUUUAAGAUGAAAUAUACAAGAAAUUUAUAUAAAUA